GAGAAAAGGAGAGCAUAGAUCACUCGAAGAUCACGCAGCCGCCAGAGUCUGAUUCAUCGUGAAAGGAAGGAAGGCAAUUAAGGAUGAGUCAUCCGGUGGAGAGCGCCGACGAGAGCAUCUGCCAGUUCGACGACAAGCAGAUGGUCCAGGUGGGUGCAGAUUGAAUCGAUGGCCAUAAGGGAUGGAUGAUCGAAUGGAACAACUGCAUUCUGCAAUGAGUGCACUGACUGACUGACUGUGGUGUGGGUGUGUGUGUGCGUCUGCAGGACUUGGCAGACCAGAUCCGGGCGAAGCUGGAGAUCCGCGACCGCCGAUACCACCUCACCACUUACACCAAAUGGUAGGCACGGCGCGUCAUUCACACUGGUGAUGGACAACCCUUGUUUCUGUCUGUCUGCUGUCUGCUGGUUGGUGCAGUUUCCUGGGCAGCGACGCGGUCAAGUGGCUGAUGGGCAACGGCCACGCAGAGACCGUCGAGGACGCGCUGCUCGUGGGGCAGCUGAUGAUGGACCAGGGGUAGGUGGGGGGGUUGCGUCACCUGACAGGACAGGACAGGACAGGACAUCCCACACACGCGCUCUCACCCACCCUCCCUGGUUUCUGCCCUGCCUGCCUGCAGGAUGUUCGCCCAUGUCACCAGAGACCAUUCCCUGAAAGACGAGUCGCUGUUUUAUCGGUUUGCGCUGGACGAGCCGUCAAAGGGGGAGAAGGCCGUCAGCCGGGACGGGAAGGCCCUCACCUGGGCGCAGUUCCUCAACGGCAUCCUGCCCGUCGACGUCAGGCCUCUCGACGGCAGCAAACAGACCGACCUAAAGGUGGGCGAGUGGCUGACGGGGUGGGGUAAGUGCGGAUGCCCUAUGUGUGUGUCUGGUGUAUGUGUGUGUGUGGGUGUAGGUGGUGAGCCGUGAUCCCAACAUGCAAAUGGCACCGAAGCACAUCGGCGUGGCGCCCCUGGACGCCUAUAACACGUCGCUACUCGACCAUGUGCACCCGGCGGCGUGGCACGACCCUCUCCCCAAAGCCACAUACAACCUGGUCGUCAUGGGGGCAGGCACAGGUGACCCAUCGCUCCAUGCGCCACGAUCCUCCCAUCCGAGUGUGUGCGUGUUGUGUUGUCUGUCAUUUGAUAGGGGGCUUGGUCUCUGCCGCUGGUGCAGCGGGCGUGCAGGCCAAGGUCGCCCUGAUUGAGGACCACUUGAUGGGCGGCGACUGCCUGAAUGUGGGCUGUGUGCCGUCGAAGGCGCUGAUCAAGGCAGCGACCGUGGCGCACCAUGCGCGAGAGGCCUACACGAAGGAGUACGGCGUGCACAUCGACGGCAGUGUGCGCGUCGACCUUGGGGAGGUCAUGCAGCGCAUGAGAAGGUGGGUAGUGUGUUUAUGUGUCUAUGUCUCUGAUUUCCUGUGACAUGACCGCUCUCUCUCUCUCUCCCUCUCGCUCUCUCUCUGUGUGUGUGUGUUCCUAGGUUGCGGGCGUCCAUCUCUCAUCAUGACAGCGCCGAGAGGUUCACCAAGGACCUGGGGGUCGAUGUCUAUAUCGGCAAGGGCGUGUUCACCUCACCCAAUACUAUCACCGUCAACGGCAAGACACUCAGCUUCAGGCAAGGAGGACCCACACACCACACAGCAUGAUACACUUAUGUGUGUGUGUGUGUGUGUGUGUGUGCAGGAAGGCCGUCAUAGCAACCGGCGGCAAUGCGGCCGUGCCGCCCAUCCCCGGCCUCGCCGACUCGCCUUACCUCACAAAUGCCUCCCUCUUCAACCUCACCGAUCUGCCCAAGCGGAUUAUCGUCAUGGGAGCAGGCCCGAUCGGCCUGGAGAUGGCGCAGUCGUUUCGACGGUUCGGCAGCGAGGUGGUGGUGCUCAACAGAGGGGGAAAGGUGCUGCCCAAGGAAGACGCAGAUGCCGCAGCCGUCGUGCAGAAGGCACUUGAGCGGUGAGUAGUGAACGGGGGAACUAAGGCACACACGCACACGUGACAUGUGUUUGGUGUGCGUGUUGCCUGAGUGUGUUCAGCGACGGCCUGGUGAUCAAGAACAGGGUCACUUUCGUCAAGGUGACGCACGAGCCACCGGCAGAGGGACAGCCAUUCGGGAAGAUAACAGUGCACAUCGAACGAGGCAAGGCGCGCACACACACACACACAUACACAAACCACACACACACGCCCACCCUCUCCCCAUCCCAAACAGAUGGUGGCAGCGAGGUGAUAGAGGGAGAGGCCCUGCUAGUGGCCACCGGCCGCAAACCCAAUGUGCGCGGGAUCGGCCUGGAGGCUGCUGGCGUCGAGUAUGACGACCGGAUGGGCGUCAAAGUCAACGAUUACCUGCAGGUCAGCCCCACCACAAAACACACAACCAAUCCAUCUCUUCUCGCGCACUUAAAAUCUUGAUGGGCGGCUGUGUGUGCCGGUGUGUGGUGGUCAGACGAGCAACAAAAGCAUAUAUGCCGUGGGCGAUUGCUGCACCAAGUUCCACUUCACCCAUGCCGCCGAUUUCAUGGCGCGGGCGGUCAUCCGCAACGCUCUCUUCUGGGGCAAAGCCAAGAUGUCUGACCUGCUCAUUCCAUGGGUACCUGCACCAGCCUCCCACACCCCUCUCUGUGUGUGCAUCGCUCUCUCUCUCUCUCUCUCUCCGUGUGUGUGUCUGUGUGCCAGUGCACCGUCACCGAGCCCGAGAUUGCGCACGUUGGGCUGUACCCCCGCGACAUGGAGUCGGGGGGCAUCGCGUACCGGACCUUCACCAAGCCCUUCGCGGCCGUCGACAGGGCCAUCCUCGAGGGGGACACAGAGGGAUUCGUCAAGAUACACACCAAGCAGGUGGGCAGGGACCCUGGAUGUGCGUGGAUGUGGGAUUUGUUUGUUGGAUGUGUGGUGUGUGGCGUGGUGGCGUGGUGGCGGGGGUGGUGUGUGCAGGGGUCGGACGAGAUACUGGGUGCGACCAUUGUUGGCCCCAAUGCGGGAGACAUGAUAUCGGAGAUAUCCGUCGCAAUGGAAAGCAAAAUGGUAUGUACUACUGGACGCCGUGUGUGUGUGCUGUCCGAGUGCAUGAGACUCUCUCUCUCUGUGUGUGUGGUGUGUGUGUGUGUGUGUGUAGGGUUUAGGUGCGUUGGCGUCAGUGAUCCAUCCGUAUCCCACCAAGGCCGAGGCGGUUCGGCAGUGCGGGGACCUAUAUAACAAGACCAGGCUGACCGUGUUUGUCAAGGGCGUUUUCAGGAAGCUCAUGCAGCUGCAGAGAUAGAGUGGAUUGGCAAGUGGAGGGAGCAUUCUGUGAGCGAGGGAUGGUGCCCCUGUGUG